AUGGAUCGUUCUAACAAGCCUUCUGCCAUUGGAGUCGGUGCUUCACUCCCACAGCCCUCUUUGUCCAUCAAGGACAAUGUCAUCGAAGCCUCGCUGCCUACCGGUCAAUCCGUCCAAGUCCACCUCUAUGGCGCGACUGUGACCUCGUGGAAGACCAACGGCAAAGAGCAGCUCUUUGUCAGCGAGAAGGCCCAUCUGGAUGGCUCCAAGCCCAUCCGUGGUGGCAUUCCGCUUGUCUUCCCUGUUUUCGGACCCCCGCCCCAGAACCACGCUACAUCUUCACUACCGCAGCAUGGAUUUGCGCGUAACUCCAACUGGGAGUUCCUUGGCAAGUCAACUUCGGACGCGCCCGGAAAGGAUAGUGACAAGGCCGAUCUCACUGUGAAGCUGGACUUCGGUCUGUCUCACUCCAUGCUGACCGAGGAGUUCCGCGAGGCGUGGCCGUACGAGUUUGGACUGGUGUACAGUGUUACACUGACUAAGGACACAUUGGAGACUUCCCUGCAGGUUCGCAAUGAGGGCAAGCAGAACUUCGAGUUCCAAGUGUUGAUGCACACUUAUUUGAGCAUCGAGGAUAUCUCCGAUGUUCGUGUCAAGGGUCUUGACACCAAGACUUAUCUCGACAAGACUCUCCAGGGAUCCUCCCACGUCGAAACAUCAGCAGCACUUGCCAUCACCCAGGAAACCGACCGCGUGUACCAGAACCUCGACCCCGCCGUGCCAAUCGACGUGACCUCGGCGAAGUCCGAUCAGUCUUUGUUCUCGAUUACCCGCGAAGCGUUGACUGAUGUUGUGGUUUGGAACCCUUGGAUCGAGAAGGCCAAGGGCAUGGCUGAUUUCGGUCCGGAUGAGGCUUACAAGAACAUGAUCUGCGUGGAAGCUGGCUCUGUCGCCAGUUGGCAGACUCUCGAGGCUGGUGAGGCCUGGGAGGGCGGCCAGAGCAUCAAGUCUCGGCUUUGA